AUGCAGCCACUUUAUCGCAAAAUGAUGCCCACAACGGACACGCCACAUACCCGUGUCAGGGGGUUUGUCGGUGAAACUCCACGACCACGCAUCCCUCUUACCUCCAUUGUCGGUGGCGGGCCAGUGUCUAGCGUUUCACGGACACAACAAAAUUUUACCGACCCAGGUCACACUAUGCAUGUACAUCAAAUGAAUUCCGGGUCCGCUUCAUUAAAAAGACAUGCGUAUGCGUCUGUGCCACGAUGGCCUGCCACAGACUACAGGGAUGGGAUGCGAUCUGCUGCCCGUAACGUUCCACCCGGGACUUCCGUGCAAGGUGCCAGUUCCGAUGCAAGAGAUGUGCAAUAUGUGGCAACAAAUGCAUCGGUACGAAGACGUAUCGGCACUACGGCUAUGCCAACGUAUGCCAGCACUUCGCGCACCCAUCCUAUUUCUACGGCAUCUAGUGCUGGUCCCUCCACUUCUGUCUUUCGUGAAGGUACUGCCGCUAGGCUCUUCGGAGAGGACCAUAUGAACAUGACCACAACAAGGAUGCUCAAGGGAGCACCUCAAUCGCAAGAAGUGGUACUAUUUGCACUUCAUCCACAAACGGUAGUCCGCCCUUUGAGACGUGCUGUUCGUCAAGUAUUCACUGGCGUUUUGGAGCGAUUGUUAGAUGCGUUGCAACGCCAAGGUAUGCCGCGUAGCGUUGCUCUUGCGCGUCUUAACCGCACUCGAUGGUUCCCACGUCUCUUCGAUUAUACGGCCAUAGAACGUCUGUUAAACAUUUUCAAGCUCUACCUGAGUCAAUCGGACGUUCUUGCAGUGCCACGUGAUUUCGUUGACGUCUACGAUGCAUUCGCUCAUGAAAUCAAUAGAUACUGUCUGGCAGAAUCGACCCGGCCGUCCACGGACGAUUCUAGUGGAGGUCGUGCUAUCGUUGUUGGUGGCAUCGAUUUUACUGAGGAGACGUUGAGGAGCAUGACUAGACCCAUGGAACCAUGGCAGCAGCAGACACCUUUGGUGCGUAAUCACACUCCUUUGCAGAUACAUUCUGUGGGUAGUGCUAUUGUUGGAGAUGUUAGUGCCAGGGCUGUAGUUAAUCGCAGGUAUAUAAUAAAUCAAGAUAAUCUAUCGGUGCUGGGCAGUUUGGUGUCGCAUUUGCAAGGUGUCCUUAAACAGCGGCAGAAAUUACAUGAGGGGCUGCUGCGCCAACGAACAGAGAUCGAGGCACAACUUAAUGAGCGCAGGAGGGUACUCUUCAACUUAUGUGUAUCACUGACUAAUCGUCGUAUACUUGCCGACUCGCUGGACUUCAAGGCAACAUUCGAUGAGGUACACCGACAAUUCAACCCUUCUCUUAGCAAUCAUCGCAAUGCAAGAGCACUGGAAGAAAUCAAUCAACAUAUGCAUAUUAUUGGGAAAUGCGCGAAGUCCCUAUCGAAAAUGUAA